CGCGCGCGCGGCGUCGCUUCCGGCGCGGCGGUCGCCCCAGGCAACGCAAAAUCACGACCCCGCCGGCACUCGACGACGAGUCGGCUGGCUGGCGGCUGUCUGAAGAAGCCACUCUCGGUCCUCCGUACGAAAUCGAUACGCCACGGAGUUAUCCCCCCACCCCACCCCUCCCCUCCCCGCCAACCUGCGGCAGUGACAGCAAGGGGAGCGGCGAGCGGCGGCAGCUGGAUGCCGUUAGUGCCCCUGGUCGAUAAGGAACGGCGGUGACGGCGACGAUAUUCCGAAAGCGGGCGGCGAAGUUGUCCGCUGCUGACAGGGCCAGCGGCGAGCGCGAAAAGAGAUUUGGAGAGGCGGCAGCGGUAAGACGCAGCGGUCGCUGUGGUGCACAAAUCAACAGCAGCAGCAGCGUUGAGACAUCUGUGGCUGGCGCCAGCCGCAGUGAGAGAGGGCAGUAGCUGUAUCAGCAGCAGCAGCAGCAAUCGCUGCAUCAGCGAGAUUAAUGGGCAGCGGUCACUGUGCCACCAAGCACUGAGUCCCCAGUAACUGUGACAACAGAGAGAGAGAGACGUCACGAGGGGUAUUAAUAGCAGCAGCAUUAGGUGUACUGCAGCAGCAGCAACAACAUCAUUAUCUGUAUCAGCAUUAGCAGGAGGAUCAAGUAGAGGCGGCAGUGAAACAACAGUUGCAGCAGGAGCUCUACCAGCAGCAGCAUUAAGCUGUAGCAGCAGUGGAAUACAGCCGCAUAAUUUGCAUCAACAGCAGCCGGUAGUUGUAGACGCAGCAGCGCCUGUAGCAAGCAAUCACAGACAACAACAUCAACAUCAGUCGCAGCGGCAUUAAGGCAGCAGUAAGGGAGACAGCAGGGAAGCAACAGCUGCAUCGGGAUGGAGAGCGACAGCAGCCUGCGUGGGGAGGUGGAUCACACGUUCUUCAGCAGUGACUCGGAGGCGGGGAGCAGGGGGCCUGGGACCAAGGAGCCGGAGACCCCAAGGGACCAACAAGGGACUGGGACCCCGAGGGCUGAGAACCACGUUGGAGGCCACACGCCUGUGCCAGUGAGACAAGUGACUUUUGGCUACAAGAGUGACAGUGAUAGCGUGGAUGAGGAUGCGGAAGGUGGGGCGUCCCCAAGGGUACGGGCUGCGGAGCCAGCAAAGGAUGCGAAACUCGAUACUGCUAGUGGAGAGGACACCUCGGAAACCGGGGGCCACAAGGAGGAGGGUGACGAUAUUGAGACGACUCCACGCGCGGAAUCGGAGAGCCACGAGAGCAACAGGAGCAGAGAAAGCAGCACGAGCUGCAGCAGCAGUGACGAGGACAGUUCCGCGGAAGACAGAAAAUCGAUAGAUGGCAGAACAGCUCAAAAUGGUGCCAAAAUUGAAGAUGAUGUGAAAUCAGAAAACAAAAUGGAAGAUGACGCCAAGUCGGAAAGCGAUGGGAAAUUGGAAAGUGAAACCAAAUCAGAACGCGGAGCUCAGUCGCCGUUUCGUGCGCAGUCAGCGAACCACGGGAAGCCUCCGGAUCAUGCGAAUUCACCAGAUGGCGCAAGGUCAAGGGGUCGGAGCAGUUCCCAGGGCAGUGCCAGAUCCUACAGAGAUUCGUCCAGCGACACCGUCAAGUCCAGAAGCAGCACCGCGUCCAAGAAGAGUAUCGCGUCACGGACCAGCGCGAAAUCCAAAAAGAGCACAGGGUCUAGAGCUCGAAGCCAGGCCUCGCAGAGCCGUGAAGAGCACGGAACCAGGGCUCGUGCCAGCGUCAAGAACGACAGUUCUAGCUCCGACGAGGAGGACCACACGGUGGCGGGGAAGGCGCAGGGUCUCAGGAAGCCGAGCCCAGUCGUGAAGUCGACAUCCGACAGCCUAGAUGGUGGCCCACGAUCGCCGCGGCAGGCGAAAGCAUCCAAGAAACAAGACAGGAAGGCAGACAUUUGGCAGGCUCCUGCAAUCUGCUCUACGGCAAAACCGGUGAAAACGGCAAAGCAGUCAUCCUCUUCGGCCAUCUCCUCUUCGUCCACUCUGUCACCUCUCUCAUCCGGUGUGGAGGGCCAGUCGGGUGGUGGGUACCGCAGCUCGCGCGUGCUUAGCGAGGCUGAGGAUCUCAACCACCUGCUCAAGGCCGUAGUUGCUAUGGAGACACGGCCCAAGACUCGGCGGGCACCUGGAGAGGGCAGCUCGGCCACCAGCCGAGUCCUGCGGGCGAGUGCCUACGGCAACGUGCGCCGUCCACUGCGCUCCAACUACUCGUUCAGCGAGGAGCAGGUGCGCAGAAUCGACCGCGACAACCAGCGACUGCUUGAGCGCCUAUGCCGCUUGUCCCUGCCACCACUGCCCCCGCCGCCCGUCCGCCGUGCAGGAAGUGGGAGUGUCGUUAUGGUUCCCAGCAGACCAUACCACACAGCUGUGACACGGGAGAGGGCACUUCGCAGAAUUCAGGAAGAGAAUAUGCUCAUACUGCGCCGCCUGGAAGCCGUGCGACCGACUCCGGGUCUGUCCAGAGCAGAGCUGCUGCUCCAGUACUCGCGCCAAGCGGCCUACAUGGGCGGCCCCUCCUGGGCCCCAAGCUCUCCGCCCCGCAGGGCCCGUCGCCUGGGGGUCCACAGCUCCGUCUAGAGGCCCCCCCCCCCCCACUGUCCCACACCCCGCCACCAACUGAGGGUCUCCGUUACAACUCUGGAGGCCCUAACCAAUUGAAGGCAGGUGCACUUAUCUUGCAGGUCCGAACCUAGGUUGCGUGCCAUCUGACACGAGUUUAAAGCUUUGUUAUUAGAAAUGAAAAAAUAUAUAACGUCACAGUCGGGCGCUCUGCGAUGAUGCUACAAUGACGUCGCUACAUUGGAGCGUGGAACUGCUGUGAAGUGACGUCACGUUGACUUCACACGAGUGCCAUAGUGACACACUUGAUCAUCAUUUAUAGAUGUAUUCUCUCUCAAUAAUGGCGCAUCGAACCCGUAUCGAAUGUCUCGUAAUACACAGCCUGGGUAUGUAUCUACAACGUACAAGCUGCUUAUCUUUUUUGAGGGGUUCUAUCUUCCUUGAAGAGCCUCCUACCCUAAUGGGAAUUUUGUUGGUUAUUUUAAGGCACAUUUUCCAAUAUAGACGACGUCCUAUCUGCUAAGAGACCUUUCAUCCAACACAAAUAACUCGCCUCCACCAGAGGGGUAUCCCCUCCACGGGGGUCCUAUUGCUCAUCCUAAGAGACUCCUCUUCAUCUAAAUCAGGGGUCGGCAACCAAAAUAACAAGAAGAGACGUUUUUUUCGAAUUCAGUAAAAAGGAAUCUCAAUAUCUCAAGAGCCACAAUGCAUGUGAUUAUGAGACAGUGGUCCUUUAUAAAUAACGUCACAAAGCAGUCCUUAAAGAGCCGCAUGCGGCUCCAGAGCCGCAGAUUUCCGACCCCUGACGACCUAGAUGAUUUUCCCUUCACUAAGGAAACCUAUUCUUUGCCAAAAUAAUGAUCUCUCCAACUGGAGGCCUUCUCCUCUACCUCGGGGAUCUCUAAUACAUUGAGACCACUCGACCACCAAGGGGCCUCCUCUCUCUCUCUCUCUCCCUCUCUCCUCCAACUGAAGCACCCCUCCACUCUACACCACAGAAACUCGCAUUCCCUUUCAUGGCUCUUCAUCUAGAGAUCCUCGCACAAGGCCUCUGAGCAGCAGUCCCGUCUGCAGCUGCCCACUGUUAUCGUUUUAUGGGUGUUAUCUUUGACCUUGUGAGUGGAGGAACCUUGUAAAUGUGAAAGGGUGGGGAUGAUACUGCGAGUGUCGCUCCUAGCAGAUGCACACGCACGUCUAUACGCACAGUGGUCUGUUCACUCACAUGUGUACAGCACACACCUACGGGUACACAUACAGCUGUGCACGUGCACUCAUACGUAAUCGCGCACACAACACACGUGAUCAAGAUUCUACGUGAAGCCAUAAUGUCCGUCAAUCGAUACAUUUGACACAAUGUACGCUAUUAAUAUCCCAGAUAUAUAGGCAUUGGCUUAAUUUGGAAAGCACCACAACUUAUCAAAACGACUUGCCUACAUUUAAAAAAAAAGAGAUUUCGAUUAUGUGUUUAAUGAAUGAAAAUGGCUACAGCAAAAAAUUGUAUUGAGAUUCAUACAAUUGGCUUUAAUCGGUCCCGUUGGAAUUAGACUAAACUUUACCUGCUAGUAGGACUCUAUGGAAUUUAACAAAAUAUGUCAACAGGCAUGUUCCUGAUCCAUAUAUUAUUGCAGGUAAUUACACCGAUUACAAUUUCCUUAUUUAGGCACAUUGCUAUGUUGAUUUUCAUUAUAAAGUUCAGUUCCAAAAGCGCUCCCUACAUGCUGUUUGUCUGCCUAAUCUUUAUUUCAUAGCUUUAAUCCCGGUUCACCUUCAAAAGCUUCCCUAGCUACGUGUAUUUAUAUACUCUUACGUGUUUUACAUUUGUGUCUCUCCUUGAGAUGUGCUAUUUGAUUAUCUAAAUUGUUGUGCAUGAUGUUUUUGAUUAUAUUUUUUUUUUAUCUUCGGCCAAAUAAUUUAGCAGCCUUCUUCAGUUCUCCAACAAUGUCCUUGUAGCUUCUUUCGUAUGGCGUUUAACAUUUUCACCAGAACUAAUGGCAUGGCUCUUUACAAAGGACAUUGAAUAACAGCUCGAAAGGGCACAUAUGAAGCAAGUAGAUGUGCACGUUUGGAAUUAUGAGAGACAAAAAA